AUGGAGAUGGAGGAAGCAGAGACGAUAGAUCUAUACGAGCUUGAAUACUCAGACUUAUGUUCCCCUUCAACUUCAUCCACAGUGGAUUCAAUAAUGGAAGCCUUAGGGCCCAGUGGGCCAGGCCUACUCGCCAUCACCGGCGUCCCCAACGCAUCCAACCUCCGCUCACAACUUCUCCCCCUCGCUCGGAGCCUCGCUCUUCUCCACCGAGAAACCCGAAAACUCGUUCUCAAGGAGCAUAACUUGGGUGGUGACGUUCCUCUCAGAAACCCUGAUAGGAGUGUGUCCUCGUUUGCUAUGCAACUGAAAUAUGCCAAAUCUCCACUUGUUGAACAAACAGUGAGCGAGUGCUGCGGUACUGAAUUCGAGAAUCUGGGAAGUUGUUUCCAAGAGCUAGGGUUUUGCAUGAUGGAGCUGGGGCUUUGCCUUGCUCGAAUAUGUGACAAUGCUAUUGGUGGCAAUGAGUUAGAGCUGAGUUUAUUGGAUUCAUGUGCGGCUAAAGGGAGACUCAUUCAUUAUCAUUCACAUUUAGAUGCUCUACUCCUUGAACAACAUGAAAGGAGCAGAGCAACUAGUAAGAGAGGUGCUGUUACUGUGAAACCAUUGAAAGGGUCAGAGUUGAAUUCAAUUGCUUGUGAUGUGAAUUCGGGUGGAAUUCAUUCAAAUUUGUGGCAGCAAUGGCAUUAUGAUUAUGGUAUAUUCACUGUUCUAACGACUCCAUUGUUUAUUCUGCCAUCUUAUUCAGAGGCAAGUGAAACGGGAAACCCAUUUCCCUCAUCUUGUUUUGAUGAAUGUCAAUCGCCAACUGGGCAUACAUGCUUGCAGAUAUAUGAUCCUAAUAGGAGAAGGGCCAUCAUGGUGAAGGCCCCUCCAGAAAGUUUUAUCAUUCAAGUUGGGGAAGCUGCUGAUAUAAUCUCAAAGGGGAAGCUUCGUGCGACCCUGCACUCAGUUCAUAGACCUUCCAAGUUUGGAAAUUUGAGCAGAGAAACUUUUGUUGUGUUUCUGCAGCCUGCAUGGACUAAAACAUUCUCUAUCGCAGAUUAUCCUCACGCAAAUUCCUCCUUCCACGGGUUCCAUGGUCAGUGUUUAGUCGCUUCUGAUGAGGAGCAACGGCAGUCUGGGCAGGAUAAUGAUAAUCUAAGUCAAGAAAUUAACAAAAUAGUUCCCCCUCUUUCAUCUCGAUUGAAGGAAGGGAUGACUUUUGCUGAGUUCUCCCGUGAAACAACAAAGCAGUAUUAUGGUGGUAGCGGUUUGCAAUCAAAUAGGUGA